GCUAUCAUCAUCAGCUCCAAAACCCGAUGGUGAUUCACGUUUAUCACCCGUACCGGCAACCCGAUGGUGUGAAUCACUGCGCUGCUGUCAACGGUCACUGCUCUCACCUGUGCCUGCCCGCCCCGAGGUUCGGUCCCAACUCACCUCGCGUAUCCUGCGCCUGUCCCAAUGGGCUAAAGCUCCUGCCUGAUGACCAGAUGUGCGUCGAAGACAAUGCAAUAAAAGGAGAUGCAGAGUUACAUAAAACGAGUAACAGUUCAAAUGGAACAGUAGUUGAGAAAAAACCUAUAAGCAGUGUACCAGAAACACCAAAAGUCGGAACAGAAAUCUCAAACAGCGGUCGCGAUGCCGGAGUGGUCGCCGGUAUCGUGGUAGCAGUGAUAUCUGGAGUUUUAUUAUUGGCUGCAGUGAUCGCAGGUGUUAUGUACAGACACUACGUACAUCAUAACGUUACAUCGAUGAACUUCGACAACCCGGUGUACCGCAAGACAACAGAAGACCAAUUCGCUUUGGAGAAAAAUGGCUACGCACCGGGAAGCAAGCUGUACCCGAGCACCGUGGGGGAAGAGGCCCAAGAACCACUCAAUAAGCCGAAUACAGAAUUCGUAUAGUGUCCGUGUCGGCAGUAAAUACGUUUCGAUAUCAUUGAAUGUGAAAAGAAAAAGAAGGAGACGUGAUACAUGACGUGAAUAGUUCUAACCAGUGAACGGGACUAAGCUACUGUAGUUGUACUCUAGAUGGCGUUAGUGCAGUGUUAAGUGUAACGCUUCAGAACAAAGUUCUUUUCGCGCUCUUUCAUACGUCAAGCCGAGGAAGGAUCUCAUUUAAGGUUAUAUUUGGUUUGCUAUCAUGUCUUGUAAUGAAUAUAAAUCACGGGGAGGCUAUUGUAUCACACGUUCGCUUAGAGAAGAUCGGUUUUUCCUAUAAGUAAAAUUUCUCAUUAGACUGUGAAUAGUAUAGAGAUUUUUGUAAUAUUUAAUUAUUUAACGAAAUGACGCUUUAAUGGCGAACUUUUCCAUCACUUUUCAGCUUUGUUGUUAAUUUACUAUACAUAUUUUAUUUUAGUUAGAUAUUAUGAUCACGUAGUAAUGUCGUGCUUCGAACAAAUAAAAUGUUUUUGUAUUAGAAAAUAGAAAAAUAUAUUAAUUUAAAAUCCUUUUUGUUUUGUAACAGAUACAAAUGUACUGAUUAUACAACUUUCAAAGUAUAACAUUAGGAAAAAUAUUAAGUCUCUCCUGUAGAUUUUUUAACAUAAAUUGUAAUUAUUUAUUGGAAUUAAUAUGAAAUAUAGACUAAUGAUUACGGUAAUCUACAAUUUUUGUGCCAAUCCCUGAUACACACUGUGUAAUUAAAUUAAUUUCAUUAGAUAAAUUUUAUUAUCAAUUUAAAUGUUUGUUAUCUAAUAUUUAUUUGUAAAACAAUUGUUAUUUAUUACAGUUUAACGUAAUAUAUAAAAUAUUUUAUGUAAAAGUUGUUUUUGAAUCACACGUUCGUGCUAAGUAUGUGAUUUGAAAAUAGAAAGGAAAUUUGGAAUUUGUAUUUGUCAAGCGAAAUCCUGCCAAAUGCCGUAUAUAAGUUUAUAAAAACAUAAUUACUCUUUACAUAAUUAAUGUAAUUCAAUUACAUUGUAAUAACUUGUUGCACGAUUCAUACAAUGUCUACGCCUAGCUGAAUAAGUGUGGUCACCUAAAAAACAUUUGUAAAUAUUAUCAGUAAAAUAUAUGUAAAAGGUGUUUAAAA